UUCCCCUUGUCUCUUAGAGAGCAGUCCUGAAUCUCCAGUGACCAUUACAGAGCCCUACCGGACCCUGUCAGGGCACACAGCCAAGAUUACCAGUGUGGCAUGGAGCCCACAUCAUGAUGGAAGGCUGGUAUCUGCUUCCUACGAUGGUACAGCUCAGGUGUGGGAUACUCUCCGAGAAGAGCCUCUUUGCAAUUUCCGAGGACAUCGAGGUCGACUUCUUUGUGUGGCAUGGUCCCCACUGGAUCCAGACUGCAUCUACUCAGGGGCAGAUGACUUCUGUGUGUACAAAUGGCUCACUUCCAUGCAAGAACAUUCCCGGCCUCCUCAAGGUAAGAAAAGUAUUGAAUUAGAGAAAAAAAGGCUCUCUCAACCUAAGCCAAAGCCCAAAAAGAAGAAAAAGCCCACCUCGAGAGCUCCUGUAAAGCAGGAAGGAUAUGAUGGAAAUGAAGACGAGAGCAUCAGGGAGAGCUCGGGACCUGUUGAGAAUGGCGUGUCGGACCAGGAGGGUGAGGAGGAAGCCCGGGAGCCAGAGUUCCCCAGUGGCAUUGUCUCAGUGGCUUCUAGAGAACCAGUUACCUGCACUCCGGUUUCGUUAGGCUUUGAAAAGUCAAAGGUCACUGUUAACAACAAAGUCACUUUACUGAAGAAGGAGCCACCUAAAGAGAAGCCAGAAUCCUUAACCAAGAAGCGAAAAGCUCGUUCCAUGCUUCCACUGACUACCAGCCUGGACCACAGGUCCAAGGAGGAGCUUCAUCAGGACUGUUUGGUAUUAGCAACUGCAAAACACUCCAAAGCAGAGCUAAAUGAGGAGGUGUGUACUGAUCUUGAGGAAAGAUUUCAUCUGGGGCUUUUCACAGACCGGGCUGCCCUGUACAGAAUGAUUGAGGUUGAAGGAAAAGGUCACUUGGAAAAUGGCCACCCCGAGUUAUUUCACCAGCUCAUGCUUUGGAAGGGAGAUCUAAAAGGUGUUCUUCAGACGGCAGCAGAAAGAGGGGAGCUGACAGACAGUCUGGUGGCUAUGGCGCCAGUUGCUGGCUACCAUGUGUGGCUGUGGGCCGUGGAAGCUUUUGCCAAACAGCUGUGUUUUCAAGAUCAGUAUGUCAAGGCUGCCUCUCACCUCCUUUCUAUCCACAAAGUGUAUGAAGCUGUAGAGCUGCUCAAGUCAAACCAUUUCUACAGGGAAGCUAUUUCAGUUGCCAAGGCCCGACUGCGCCCAGAGGACCCGAUCCUGAAGGACCUGUAUCUCACCUGGGGAGCCAUCCUGGAAAAAGAUGGCCAUUAUGCUGUAGCCGCCAAAUGCUAUUUAGGGGCUGCUUCUGCCUAUGACGCAGCCAAAGUUUUGGCCAAGAAGGGAGAUGCAGCAUCACUUAAGACGGCUGCAGAGUUGGCUUCCAUUGUAGGAGAGAAUGAGUUGUCCUCUUCCCUGGCUCUCCGAUGUGCCCAGGAGCUGCUUUUGGCCAGGAACUGGGUGGGAGCCCAGGAAGCCCUGAAGCUGCAUGAAAGUCUAAAGGGGCAGAGACUGGUGUUUUGCCUUCUUGAGCUACUGUCCAAGCACCUGGAGGAAAGGCAGCUUUCAGAGGCCAGAAGCUCUUCCUACAACGCCUGGGCUGCGGGCACUGAAGGGCCCUUCGUGGAGAGGGUGACUGCUGUAUGGAAGAGUACCUUCAGCCUGGAUAGCCCAGAGCAGUAUCAGGCAGCACUGCAGCAACUGCAGAGUAUCCAGUACCCAUCUGCUACAAACAACACUCCCUCCAAACAGCUUCUGCUUCACAUUUGCCAUGACCUGACCUUGGCAGUGCUGAGCCAGCAGGUGGCCUGCUGGGACGCGGCUGUGGAAGCCCUGCUUCGAGCUGUGGUCCGGAGCUAUGACUCCGGAAACUUCACCAUCAUGCAGGAAGUGCACUCAGCCUUUCUUCCUGAAGGCUGUGACCAUCUAAGAGACAAACUAGGUGAACAUCAGUCCCCUACCACACCAGCUUUCAAAAGUUUGGAGGCCUUUUUUAUUUAUGGACAUCUGUAUGAAUUCUGGUGGUCUCUCUCCAGGCCUUGCCCCAAAUCCAGUGUUUGGGUAAGAGCUGCUCACAGAAGGACAACCUCUGUUGAGCAAAGCCAGCAGAUAAACAAUGCCAGCCCUGAAGAAACAGACCCCAAAGUUUCUCAGCCAGAGACAAGCAGGCCUCCAGAAUUAGAUGUGAGACUCACAGAAGAAAGCGAGCAGAUGCUGAUCACUUGUAAAGAGCUUUUUUCAGAAAAGCACGCCAGUCUCCAAAACUCACAGAGAACUGUUGCUGAAGUCCAAGAGACCUUGGCAGAAAUGAUCCGCCAACACCAGAAGAGUCAAGUCUGUAAGUCUACAACAAAUGGUCCUGAUAAGAAUGAAUCUGAACAGGUGGCAGAAAAGUCCCUGUCUAGUCCUCCGAGCGAGUGUAAAGAAGAAAAAAAUCAGCCACUUUCUCUGCCUGAGUUAACCAAAAGGCUUACGGAGGCAAAUGAGAAAAUAGCUAAAUUUCCUGAGAGUGUUAAGACCUGGCCCUUCCCAGAUGUGCUGGAGUGCUGCCUUAUCCUGCUUCACAUCGGGUCCCAGUGUCCUGGCAGCGUGACCCAGGACAUGCGGCAACAGGCCCAAGAGCUCCUUCAGAAAUACGGCAACACUAAAGUUUACAAAAGAUACUGCCAGACCUUCUGCACGUGAAUUUUCAAGGACCUUUAAGAAAACUGUGCCAAAUUCAAAACGUAUGACACCCUUCACCUUGCAGUUACACCAUGCCAGACAUUCACUCUGAUCCCUAGAUGUUUUUGCAGUGAUCUAAAUAAUACAAAUGAGGGUCAAGUUUGAAUUGACUCUAUUCUACCCUUAGACAUAGUGGAAUCAGACUUUGGACUCAACUGUGGUUUCCUACUGGAGGAAGGAUCAUGAAAAGCCAGCAGUAGAUAUUCAGAACUAACACCUGCAGGGUGAUUGUUGGUCAUCUCUAAAGCCUUAUGCAGGUUUCACCCAAAGAGGAGAAACUUUUUAACUACCCAAAGUGUUAUGUUCUUAAACACAAGCUACCUUUAUAAAUUCUUCGCCUGAUGGUAAACAUGUCAUUCUUGUUGGAGACAGAAUUGCUACAUUUUAUGACUUGGUAUCCUUUUCCUUACUGUUUUUGUUUACUUGGGUUCUCCCCUUCUAUUCUUUCAAAGACUUCACUUAGAAUGUGAAAUAGGCCUUUACCCAUCAUGUUGACUUUACCAUCCAUCUGAACUUUAGGUCAAAAAUUUGGUUUUAUUGUUUCAUGUAAUUGCUUAUUUAAGAACAAAUCAUUUACUAAAGCAUUAGAAGAACAAAUAACUAAAACUCAGAUGUGUCUUAUCCCCUCAGUUUUAUAAAACGUAAUGGUGAUCAAAA